ACAGAAAGUUCAGUCAAAGCUGCUGUUUCAGGUUGAACAUUUGUUUUGUGAGUUGAUCUUAAGGUGCAGCAUUUACAGUCACUUUUUACUCCAAUUCCAUGCAUUGAGUUAUUUCAUUAUUGCACUUUGAACUCAGAUAUUUCUCUUUUUUACUGUUUUCAGUCGGUGUGUUUCAGUGGACUGUGUGGUGUGCUGCAUAUUUCUGCAGGAAAAUGCCAAACAUAGUUUUUCCCCGAGAGGAAAAAGCUGCUCCUCGUGCCGUCAGACAUCAAGAGCUAAAAUAAAUAAAAUGUUUUUAACUGAAGUGUGUCAUUAUGUAAUCUUAUAAUCUUGCAGAUUGACAAUAGUGACUUGAUGAUUGUGAUUAUAUUUUAUCAAAACGAAGCUGUUUUUUUUAAUCAAGUGCAAAAAAGAAAAAGAAAGAAAAAGAAAAAAAGACUACAGUAAACUCAGGGAGAAAACAUUUUCUACCACUAGAGGGAGCUGCUGGGCAGCAGUGCACAACAUGAGUAUAUCGUGAGUAAAAGUAAAUGUUAAAACAAGAUAAAAACUUGUUUUAAUAUUUAUGUAUUUAAUACAUUGGAGGAUGAAAUGUUUUUCUCAAACAUCUGUGUUCCAUUUUUUGUGUGUGAAUCUUUGAAUAAGGUUUAUCUUUGAAUAAGUCAUAGCUUCACUAAUGUGUGUUUUCUCAGUAAAAAAACAAAACCUUUUUUAGGAUUUACAGGCUGAACGGUUUUGACUGAAGGACGGUUUGAAUGAAGGACAAAUCUCUUCCAGAGUGCGGACCAAAGCGCGUGACUGUUUGUGUCGGCACGUGUCCAGCCCGGAAGACUCACUUGCUGAGCUGCAGACACGAGCCGAACCGAACCACGCCACGGGACACACGCGCUCGCACAGUCACGAGGAUGCGGGUAGACGCGCGCCGCGGACACAGAGCAUGAAGAAGAUGGAGGAAGAGGAAGGACGGGGAUGCGGAGGACGGGACGCGCGCGCAGAGGAGGACGCUCGGUUCGGACACAUUCUCCAUUUCUGAGCUGAAAUCACGAGAGUUUAACGGAGCGCUAUUCUGAGGAGGUGGGCCAAGUCCCGGGAGAGGGAGAGGAGGGGGGAGGACGGACGGAGGAGGGAGGAGGGGGGGAUGCUGCUGGUCCUGAUGCGAGGCGACAUCCGAGCUGAUCAGAGGACUCCUGACUCCUUCUCUGCAGCGCUGCAGCUCUGUGGCGUAAAGAGCAGUUCGAGUUGGCUUCCUGCCCGUUGAGAUGCAGCAAUAGGAACCACAGCGAAAGGGGGGUUCAUGCUGAUGAAAUUGAUCUGCUCAGUGAGCUCCAACCAGAGCCAUGGGGAGUACCCCGACUGUCACAGCGAGAGGGAGUCAGGAGGGGAGGCCUCUCUCCUGGUGUCUCCGCUGGUGGUGGCUGGGAUUGUUAUAGGCCUCGUCCUCUUCCUCUCCUGCAUAACCAUCAUCAUCGGAAGUCUACGCAAAGACAGUCGAUUCCGAAACCCACAUCUUCGAGCUAGCUACGGACCAGAUGGUUUUUCCUUUGGUGGUUCAGCAGGGGAACUGAGGUCCAGCUGUCUAGAAGACUUUCCUCCUGCUCUGGACUUUGACGUGCUAAGAGAGAAUCUGUCACAUGUCACCAACCUGUACCCCGACUCACCGCCACGCUACGAUGAGUGCGUUGGUCCAGGUUCCACUCAGGUUCAGAUCCCAACAGAAGACCCUCCUCCUUACUCCCUGCUGGACCCGUGUCAGAGCAGGGCGGAGUCACAGGAGCAGGCCGCCUACACCAGCCCAAACGCUUCUCCGUACUGCGGAGAGAGCUCAGCCAGCGCAGCCUGGUUCUCCCCCUCGCAUUACCCCCUGGGACUGCCGGGGCAGGAGCAUCAACACAUCACAUCCAUCUCCUUCCCAAUGGAGGCAGCGCCACCUUAUGACUCAGUGGUGGCUGAGCAGGGACAACACCUCCCUCUCAUGCCAUGUGAUCUCUAUAAACACCAAUCAGAGAGUCCAGCAGAGGGGAACUCCCAGCAGCUCUCCACAAGUCACAUCUCGUAGGAUUGUGUUUUCCUCACAUCCCUGCUGUCCCCAGAUGAAUUAAACAAACACUGGGGGACAAAUUGCUGUUAGUAGCAGAUGUGGCAUCAAGCUGAGGACAUUAAAACAUAUUCACAUCUUCCGCACAGUUGUGAACACUGCUAAUAGGGUUGAAACUGCAAGGCGUUUAGGGCGGAAAUGACAGUUUCUCUUAAAGACUUCCAUGGAAAGAGACUCUGAAAUUGCUCCGUUUUCAUCGUGUUUUCAUUAUUAUUGUUGCUUAAAUUUGUAUAAAGACAUUUAUGAGUCAAAAAAGUCAACAAAGUUAGAGCAAACAGCAUCAAAGUGAUAUUUUCCAGCAUAGUUAGGACUUUUCACACUGACACUGGAUGCUUUUUUGUUUAUUAAGUCAGUAAAUCCAGCAGAAACACCUCAUAUUGUCUCAUACGAUACAGCACCUUUUAAAGUGAAACAUAAAUUAUUAUGUAUUUAAAUCAACUGUCCGUGGUUAAUGCUGGGGGACCUGGGAGCAAAAUUUCAACUGAAAGGCUCUAAUGCAAGUUAGGAACCUCGUCUAUUAUAAAUACAUGGUAUGCGUAGUCCAAAUUUAAGAGCUUCAAUGUCAUUAGAUUUUACUUUAGCUCUUCUUCAGUCAUUGUAACUGAACAAUCAUCCAAAUCCACACAUUUGUUUUUCCUAAAAAAUACCUCCAAUGUUUAACCAUCAAGUUAAAGAUGAGGCUGCUGCCCUUGUAGGCAACCUGGCAACAAAAAUGAAAAUUCCAAUGUUUAAUGGACAGUGUUUUGAGAAACCGAUUUGUGAAGCUUCUAAAUUACACAGCCAGAAUUUGAAAAUCCAGUCAGAGGGGUGGGGCUUGUGCGGCAGGACUAUCAUUACUGAAGCUGCAGAUCAUGACGUGAGACUUCUGAAACGUACAUAGUUUGACCAAUCACAUAAUUAAACUGUAAUACCUUGAUUCAAUCUUUAGGGGGCAGAACACAGGCGGGUUUUGACUCAAUUUUCAAGAGUUAAACAAUUUUAUUUAAAAUUUGUGAAUGACCAACAGACAGCACUUUUAAAGCCCCAUUUAUGGAGAUCAACAGACAAGCAAAGCUGAUUUAGGGUUUGGUUACCCUUUAAGGUCUACCACACACCUUUUUCUGCUAGCCCAGCCCUAUUUGCUGCUGCAUCAAGUCUAGAACCUGCAGUAGCUUGAUUACCUGCUGCCACCCAGCUAGCUUUUGGGUUUUUCAUUGUUUCUGUGUGGGUUUUUUGGUGACCCCAAAUGUGACUGGCUAAAUAGCUCCUCCCCCACAGAUAAUCAUAAUAAACAUAAUUAUAGAAGUUGGCAGCAGAACCAGCAGGACCGGGCCUGGACAGCACUCAUGUUCUGCUUGUAGUAUUGUGGGAGUGUUCUAAAAUUGAUGAAGAAGCUUGAGACAUAUCCAUGGUUUGGGUCACACAGAUUUCAGGUAUUUCCAGUAUCUGAAAAUUGCUCUGCAACUGUCUCCAAAUAUUAUUUAUCCACAUGUGGACAGAUUCCCUGGAGAAGAAGAACUUCCUGUUUUCCACAUUUCUUCAUGAACGCGAUUGCACUUAAGUCGAUGUCACUGUUGUUGAUCAUUUCAUCACCAUUUCAUCAAACUCAAAACAGUCAAUUAGCCCCCACCAUAGAGAAGAACAGUAACCAGCCAACAACAGACUGGAAGAGACAUUGAAUAAUAGAAAAAUAGCCUGCUGUCCGCCAGAGGUUUUCAACAGUUUCAGUAAACGCGAUUCAUGUGGCAAAUUCUUGUUAGACGCCUCUCUUUCACUGCAGGAUGCUUGUCCAGGAAUGUGUUCAUAAACUAGCCACUCCUGACAUGUAAGUGGGAGGAGCCGCUGUCAAGCUUUUAGCCAACAUAAAAGCAUUGCCUAAAGAUCUGUGUAUCUCAUAUACAGUCAAUGCAGAGAGAUCGGGCUAAUUUAUUGUGAAGAGUUCUACAAAAACAUCAGUAAUCUCGUCUCCAUGUCUGGGUUCAUGAGAUCAUUGAGAGAAUCUCCCAGUACGAUGAUACUGCAGGAGCUGAAUAACAGAUGCUUUCAGCGGUACAUCCGCCUCUCUAGACCCAAUUUGACUACUUACUGUCCCACAUUAGUCCAGUGAAGGAAAAUAAAUACAUAAAAUUAGGGGAUGUUUUACGCCGGAGUCACACCGGACGCGAGAGCGCCGCAAGGCGGCGCGGAGCGGAGUGCGCACCGAUUCGCGGCGCUCUAUUGGU